CAGCACAUUUGCUGAUGCAAACAAUAAAUCUGUUGUGAAUUCCAGUGAUUGUGAAUAAACUAAAACAUUUGUAAGUUAAUUGGUGUUAAUUAAAAGCUGCAGGAUGGUAUUUAGAGUUUAACAAAUUUUGUUUUAUAUCGUUUCAAAAUUAACUCAUAAAAAAUGUCGGUAUUUUUUGUGAAUGCCAACCAAGAUAGCGAAGUCGAAGGAGAUUCUAAUGGAGAUUUACAAAUUGCAUCACCUGGCAAUUCAGAAGCCCAACAAGCUUUGGCUCAGUUUUGGCCAAAGGUUACAGAGGAAAUUAAAAAAAUUACUACUAUGGACCUGAAGACACAAUCAUUACCAUUAGCGAGGAUAAAGAAAAUAAUGAAAUUAGAUGGUGAUGUGAAAAUGAUUAGCGCAGAAGCUCCUAUGUUGUUCUCUAAAGCAGCGGAGAUUUUUAUACACGAACUAACAUUAAGGGCGUGGGUGCACACGGAAGAUAAUAAGAGGCGCACGCUUCAACGAAACGAUAUAGCAAUGGCAAUAACCAAGUACGAUCAGUUUGAUUUUCUUAUCGAUAUAGUGCCUAGAGAUGAGUUGAAACAAAGUAAAACACAGGGCGAAAGUACUGUACGUACAUCUAUGAACUCGGAUCAGGUACAUUACUAUUUUCAAUUAGCGCAGCAGCAGGUGUCUGCUAAUCAAAAUGUUCAAAGUAAUAAUGCAACAACACAGCCCAUACAAAUUGUACAACCAUCUACAGGACAGAUACAAACGAUCAAUAUAGGUAGCCCAGUAGAACAGGAAAGCAAUAGCGCAAACACAACGCAAACGGUAACAGUACAAAGUCCACAGCAAACGUCGGGCCAACAAGUCAUACAAUUACAACAACCUCAGCAAACGCCUACCACACAAACUGGUGGUAUACAAAUAGUGCAACAAAUUGUAACACCCAGUGGAGAAAUACAACAAAUACCUAUACAAUUAACACCUCAACAACUUCAAAUGAUUCGUAUGCAAGUACAGGGUGGUAGUAACCAGCCAAUCAUAAUUCAAACUGCUCCGAUACAAGCUCAACCUCAACUAAUACAAGUCGCGCAAGGCGCUCAGGCGCCUGUCUUUCUACAAGCGAGCGGAAACGACAAUGAGUAAAUGUUAAUUAAUUUUAAGGAAUAUUUAAUAUCUAGUAAUAUAAUCCUAAACACGAACACAGGAUAAAACAGUUAAAUGUAAGCUUACGUGGUAAAGAAUAAAAUUUUUUAAAAUUAUUCCUACGAA